AUGAAUUUGAAUGUGUCGAUCGAUAUUGACCGGCUGCAAGUAGCAGCACUGUCAACAGUGCUAAAGAACCCCCUAGCCGGGCUAUUCGUCAAACGUCUCUCAAUGCGACUAAAGUAUCUGUAUCGAUUAAAUCCGCUUGGUGAACAAGUUGCAUCAACGCCUUGGAUCGCAAUGAGUAAAAAGCAUCCAAUUAAACGUACCACCAGCCAGCUGUCGGUUGCGCAUGGUUCAUCAAAUGCACCGGCUAGCCGCAGUGAAGAGCAACUUGAUGCAGCGAUCUACCGGUGUUUGCAUUCGCUGACAAAGCGCCACCCACCGACGGAGGACUUUAAAGCCCAGUUUUGUCGCGGUGCAUUCGUAAAACCAAACACGAAAGCCUUCAUCCAAGUGAUGCACUUUCUGUUCAACGUAUACGACGCGCGAGAAUUCCGCAAGCGGUUCUACUGGCCCAUCUAUGACAAAGGUGCAGAAAAUGCAUUCCGCACCUCAACGGUCGAGUACGUGAACAGCCUGAUCGAGCGGGGCAAGCUGGUUGGAAUGGAAAAGAUCAAGGCGCACGUUGUGGUGCUGCCCGGCGGAGCCAAGUUUAUGAAGUUCCUCCUGUGCCUGAUACGCUUUGUCCUGCAGGAGGAGCUGCGCCGAGCGAAGGGUGGAUCUUCCGACAGUGUGCUGAUAACUAACCCACUCAUCUCCCAAAUGGUCGAUUCCCACAGGCGUUGGAUCGAGGUGGGAGACUGCAUCAGUAGUAUCGUGCACGAGGAAGUCAGCGUGAUGUCCAAAAGUACACAACAAAUUGAAGAUCUCAUCGCCGUGAUCUUGCAGGCCAGCGAACCAGCAAGGCAGCUGAGCUACGAUAAGCUGAUGCAACUAUGGGGUAUUUUGAUAAAAGGUCAAUUUAAGGAGCAACAAAAACUGCACCACAGGAUGAUUGCAAUCGCCAAGGAAUUGGAACACGUGCUUGAAAAAACUGCCGGAAAACUAAAAGUUAAUGAAAUUUCGUUGCCAUUCACCAGGGAACAGCUGAAAGAAUGUCUCGUGAGGUACGAUGCCCAACCCGGUACAGAAUUGCAACAACUUCUGCAGGAUGUUUUCGACGAGAACGGUAAACUCAACCCGAUCAAACUGUUCCUGCUGUUUGAGUAUAUGUUACCGAGUGUGGAACGUUUCUUCGGAGGUUUCUGCAUGAAAAGUCCAGAGCUGAUGAAGUUCGAGCAGAAGGAACUGUCGAAGGCGGUGAUUAAGCUCGACGAAAUACGGCACCAAAUAGAUAUGCUGCAGCGCAAUCUACCCAUGCUCGAUGAUUGUAUCAUACGAGAAUCUCCAAGCGUCAACGGCAGUCCGGAGGUGGCGAAGGAAAAUUUUGCCAUCAAAAAUAAGCUCUUCUGCACGCCACCAAUUGUGAUGGAUUUUGACGCCCACGUGGGAGAUUUCCACGCAUCAGCGGUCGGUGCAAACGGAAGAAGCAAUCUCCGUUUAGCGUUGCUGAAUAAGGAAGACGUACAGGCAAUGAAUGCCCGGAUGAAACUGCUUUCAGUGAGCACAUAUCAGCCCCGGAGCCCGAAACCACCGCAAAAGCAUCUCAAACCUACGUCCGACCACCCAUUGCAGUCGAGUCCGGUCUUGUUUGCGGUGCCGAGAGCAACACGAAAAGAAAAGCUAAACCCACUUACCAUGCUGAAUCGCAUCAAGGCGCAGAGUCAGAAACAAACCCCCGGCGGGUACAGCACGUCCCGUGCAUGUGGCGCUCCUGCUAACAGUACAAUGAACAUAUCCACACUCAGCGAGAUGACGUUACGACCGGAGUUCUCGUCCACGCUUCUUGGAACACCCGAAAAACCGGCCAUAAUUGCAGCGGUACCCACACCGACGAGUGAUGAGGAAGCUCCCGAUCCAGCCAAUCACCUGCUACAGGUUCCCCAGCAGCAGCUGCUGCAUCAGCAAGUGAAGCAGGUGGGAAGCUCAUCAAACGUGCAUUCGAGCCCUCGGUUGAUGGCAAUUUAUGCCAGUUCCACUACACCCACACCCAAAUCGACGCUGUCCCCCAAGACGUUACUCAGGGAUACCAGAAGUAGAACAUCCGCCAAACGUAGCUCCUUGAUCGACAACGAAUUGGUUCAUACUUCACCUUCGGGGCGGUUGGAUUCCCUCAUCAAACCCUUGGAGAUACCACAAGAUUGCAAAAUUCAUUCAUCCUUGGGAAAGAUCAGUGAGCCAACGUGCGAACGGGAUGGUGCGAACGUGUCCGAAGAGAAGACGCUUAGUGCGGAGAAUGGUAGCCAUUUGCUUGAACUCUCACGAACACUUCUUGCGGCUGGUGAACCAACUUUUGCUACCAACGUUGAUGUAGCACGACAUCAAGAUCUUGCGUUCGAGGGCUGCAAAUUGGAGCAACAGGUGGACACAGAGGAAGAUAUCUUGUUCAACAUUAGCGAUGCCGUACUGACGGACUUCGAGUGA